GCUAAAGACCUCAGCUGUCAGAGAUGAACGACUACGGCUUGAUUAUCGCGUGCGCUGUCCUUACUCAUGUCGCCUUCAAUCGCUUCGAGCCCCGCCGAGCCUCUUUGGUCAUUCUUCAUCUUACUGGGGCUCCUGUUUGCCUCAUGCUUCUCGGCAUCUCCGACUUGACGCCGUCUAGACUAUGUCUUUCCGCCUUGUACACGCAGUCUUUGUUCCUCCUUUCGCUUGUCAUAUCUGUUUCCGUCUACCGUCUCUCUCCUUUUCAUCCUCUCGCAACGUAUCCAGGACCCGUCCUCUUCAAGCUGACGAGGCUGGCCGCGUUGUGGGUAUGCGUUGGUGGCAAGCAACAUUUGUAUUAUCAUGAGUUGCACAAGAAAUAUGGUCCCUAUAUGCGGACAGGGCCAAACCACAUACACAUCUCCGACGGUGCUGCUAUACCUGCCGUCCUCGCCUCGAGGGACUUCGUCAAAGGAGGCCGUUAUACAUCCUUAAUCCCACCGAACUCCCCACCUCCGAGUCUUCUCGCUCUAUCCGAUCCUUCCGAACACUCUCAACGAAGAAGAAUAUGGGACAAGGCCUUGAACGCUGCUGCGAUCCGGCGGUACCAGGAGAGUUUGGACAGAAGGGUGAACGGCCUCGUUGAUCAGCUUGGCCGUAGGAUGAAGAGGUUAGGGUAUGAUGGAACUGGUCACGAACAAGGAAAUCUGGACUUGGCGAAAUGGUUGAGCUUCUUCUCGUUUGACUUCAUGGGUGAUCUGGCGUACGGAGGUGCUUUCGAUCUUAUGAAGCAAGGAAGAGAUCCGCACGAUUUCAUGGAGAUAGCAGCUAAAGGUGUUCAAGUCGCAGAAAUAAUGGGUACAAUACCGUGGAUCGGAUCGUUCUAUCGUCUACUCCCGGCAUCUUCUACGAUUCGCCGGCUACGCAAGUUUGCCACGGACACUGUCUUGAAGAGGAAAGAGCAGGGCGCAAAGAUCCGUGAUCUGUUCUCGUAUCUCAUGGACGAAGAAGGAGAGACGGGUAGACCUCUGCCAGAUUAUACGUUGGUCUCAGAGGCAAGCUUCGCUAUGGUCGCAGGCUCUGACACGACCUCAACGGCGCUAUCCAAUGUCUUCUACUACCUCCUCCGAAACCCAUCGUCCUACAAGCUCCUCCAAGCAGAAAUAGACAAAGCGGACCUCGAGGCACUCGAUCUGGCGGUCCUGCCCUACCUGAACGCAGUCAUAAACGAGACCCUGAGACUGCAGCCCGUCGUACCGAACGGUGUCCAACGCGUGUUAGCGCCUGGGUGCAAGGGGAAGAUAAUCGCUGACCAGAACUGGAUCCCGCCGUCGACGACGGUGCAGGUCUCGACUUAUAGCGUCAACCGUGAUGAACGUAACUUCUCUCCCGAACCUGAUGCGUUCAUCCCCGAGCGCUGGCUCGCUGGUUCAUCGGAUACGAAGUGGCACACCAACAGAGAAGCAUUCAUCCCCUUUUCUUACGGACCCACCAACUGUGCCGGCAAGCAACUCGCACUCACCGAGAUGCGCACGGUCGUCGUCGCGCUCUUGACGGAAUUCGACUUCGAUUUCGCAGCGGUGAAGGGUGAGUGUUCCGCAGAGGUCACAGACGAGAGAAAGAAGGAAGUGUGGGAUGGAACGAGAGGGUAUGAGAACGAUUUGACAGACUCCUACGUCAUGAUGAAAGGAAACCUCUGGGUGAAGGUGCGGAGGAGGGCAGUGGGACCACAUGCAGCUUGAACGGAGGAUUCUCUGCUAUAAAAUCUAUUAUGCCUAGACUUCGCACGUUACAUGUUGACUGAUCAUUUCCAGUGGUUUCGCUUUGGAUACGCCUUGCAAGGGGC